GUGCCACACCUCCGAGCAUCGUUACCGCAGCAGCGGUGGCGCGAUCAUGUGACGCCUGCAUUUCCGACACAACAAUACAACACCGUGUCAGUCUGCAUUCACGCUCCCUCUCUCCCCCCACGCCUCGCUCUCGGUAUGGCGGACGGCGAGAGGUCCCCGUUACUAUCAGAUCUGGGAGAUGGUGCUCUUGGCAGCGGUAACGGCGGGGUGUCUCCCGGUGCAGCGCCGUACGGCGUGCCCAACAAACCACAGAGCUUCCCUCCGUUCCCCAGCCCCACUCAGCCCUCUGUGCUCCUAGGGGAGGACCCUCCGCCCUACUCCCCUCUCACCUCCCCGGAGAGUGGCAGUGCCCCUGUUAUCAGCUGCAGGGUGUGUCAGAGCCUGAUCUCUGUGGAAGGCAAGAUCCACCAGCACGUGGUGAAGUGUGGGGUUUGCAAUGAAGCUACGCCCAUUAAGAAUGCCCCAGCAGGGAAGAAGUACGUUCGUUGCCCCUGCAACUGUCUGCUCAUCUGCAAAGUCACUUCCCAGAGGAUCGCCUGUCCCCGGCCAUAUUGUAAAAGGAUAAUUAAUCUGGGUCCAGUUCAUCCUGGUCCGGCAAGUCCUGACCCCCAGCCAGCCGGGGCCCGCGUCUCCUGUGGACACUGCAGCAACACCUUCCUGUGGACAGAGUUCACAGACCGGACGCUGGCCAGGUGCCCACACUGCAGGAAAGUCUCCUCCAUUGGUCAGAGGUAUCCCCGGAGGCGAAGCUUGUGGUGUUUUCUACUCUGCUUGCUAUUCAGCAUCUCCACUGCCGGGCUGAUGGCCGGAACGUGGGUGAAGGCUCAGACCUACCAGGGGAUCUACGCCUCUUGGGCUGUGCUGCUGCUCCUGGUUCUCGUCACCCUGGCUCGGGCUUUCUACUGGGCCUGCAUGAGGGUCAGCCAGCCCCUCCAGAACUUCACAUAGAGCCCCCUCCAACUCUGCCGCACCCUCUUCCCAACCCGCCAGGCAGGAGGAAAAAUGGCUUUAAAGGAAAAAACAAAACAUAACCCAAAAAACAGAAUAUUUAUUUAAAACCAACCCCAGAAAGAAACAGUUCUCCUGCUGUCCCUUUCCUUUUAGUCAAAUGUGUUUCUAAAACUGGAUGGCGGUGGCUGCGACUGCUAUAUAUCGGUAAUUAUCAUGAUGCGUAUAGCCUAAUGUACUGUUUAUCUGUUCUAAUCUCGUGGCCAGUGUGGGGUUCAUUUUAACAUUAUAACAACUAUAACAUUUAUCUUCUCUUUCCCCUGCGCUGUUCAUAAAUCUUGGAUUUAGUCUGUGGCACAUCUGUUGCACUCUCGCAACUUCUCAGAUGAGGGCUUGUAGUUAAGUCGUGGAUGUGAAUAUUGCCCUUGUUUUUGUUUAGGGGGACACUCCCCCUUCAAUCCUAAUUUGACAUUAGGUUUAGUAUUUAAGCAUUUAACAUUUUUUAAACCGAGAAACAAAUUAUUUUGUGAUUGCGGCGAUGAAGUCAGAUGAAGCUAACAAAUCGAUGCCAGUAGAAGAUGAGUGACCAGAGGGACAUCAGCCUCCUUUUGUGAAUCAAAGAUCAAGUAGUUGUUGAAAUAUGUCUGAAAAAUUGAAUUCAGCAGCAUGUGAAGGUAGGCCAUGAUGUUUCUGAACUCAAUGUUUAUGCUGAAUUAUCCCCUGGGACUGACUUUGAUCCAAAGCAGCUUGAAAGCCUUAAAAGAGGUGUGAUAGAAGGAUUCAGCACACGCGCACACACAAACGUACACACACAUACAUACACAGCCACAUGAAUGCUUACGGCACACAACAAAAGGAGGAUGCUCUUUUAGAGUCGCAACAGCUCAGACACUAGUUUGUCAAAGGCAUUCCAGCCUCUCUCUUCAAAGACAGACCCGCAAACAGAUUUUCUCCAUACUGUCCUUAUUUCAGUGCAGAGAAAGGGACAUGCAUGCCACUUUGCAUGAAAGUUGGAUAUUUCGUUCUGGUCCCAUUAAGAGUGUAACCACAUCUACAGCUUUUUUCCUUUGAUCCAAACUACAGCCAAUAGGUUUACUUCUUAAAACCAUAAAAUCUUUUUAUUAUUUAUUUUCCCAUUAUACCUAAAUGCCAACUUCAAUAUCCAAUUAACAUCAUAAACAGCAAAAUGUGGCAUAAUCCUCCCUCCCGUUUUCUAGAGACAGGUUUACUUCAAUACAUACAUCUAUAUGGUUUGACCUCGGUUGAUUUUGCUCUCCUUGGCUUUCCCAUUCAGACCAAAAUAUGAAACAAAACACGAAGAGCUAUUGGCUGUUACAACAUCGAUCUGCCUGUUACCCACAAAACCCUGAGUAUAAGGUGUGUUUUGGAAUUGCUUUCUGUUGUUGGUUGCAAGUUUUCAUCCUUAGAAACCGCACUACAUGUUUGUCUUGGGAGAGGACUAAAAGCUGAAUUUUCAGGCCUUCAUGGUGAAACUAUGGUCCAGCUUUUGUAAUUGAAGAUGGAGGCUGGUCACGAGCUUACUUAUGGGUUGGUUCCAGAUGUAGCUUUCACCUUAAGGCCAGUGGAACAUUUGUAGAAGAGGAAAGCUCUACCUACUCAUUAAAACGUAAUGUCAGUCAGAAUAGGUCAGUUACAUAAACACACACUACACUAUACAUUCUCACUCAGUGUAAGUCACAUCAUGAGUUGUCUGUGGUUCUGAAUGUGGUGACAUCUCUUAUGAAUUAUGUAUUUUUGUUUUGAUUGUAAAUAUAUUUGUUGUUUAUGUACAAUGGAGGCGACUAAGUGAAUUGUGUUGCACUCCGAGCUUAACACUACUGCUGUGAUCGCUGCAGACGUUUAAUUUGUUGUUUUUAAGAAGGAUUAUUUUUGCAACUCUUCACCUGUUACGUAUUUAAUGAUUUGAUGAACUACUAACCUAAUAAGCCUCUGGACACCCAGUCGUGUCCAAAUCUUAACCACAAACACAUCAACAUACUCACACCAACAAAACAUUACGACUGAAUCACAUUCCCAAGCAAUGACAUUACUAUCUCUCUCUCUCUGACACACACACACACACACCCAGCACCUUAUACAGUAGUGAGAAACACUGCAUACACCAAGUAAGAUGAGAUGACGUUACCUUGCUAGACUGAACUGAGGUUGCAGACAGUUCAUGUGGAAGUGUCAUGUUAUUUAUUAUAUGCUGCAGAAAGGGCCACUUUAACAAAUAAGUCAUUUAUCAAGUCCUAAAAUCUUGUUUAUUGUGGAAAAACUGGUUUGGGUGAGAUUAUUUCACUUUUGUCAAGACUGGACCAAGGGGUUUUUUCCAAAUCAAUACCAUGAUCUGCCAGUUUCAAGUUGUGGUCAGUGCAUUAAUUUUUAAGACUUUGAAGGAAACAAGUAAAAAAAAAAAAAAUUAAUUAAAAAAUAAGAUUGUAGGACAGAAUUUAAGAUGACAUGACUUGUUUAAGAAGACCUUUUUGUUGCAGUGGAGUGAACGUUUUAUCCAUGACUGCAAAAUAAAUCAAUCAUGUUAAUGCCAAUAAUCAAGAACCUGGCUGAUGCUCUUUUCAGAGUUUGUUUACACACAAAUAAAGACAUGAUGAUGUACAAAA